AUGGAAGAACAGGUGUUCAAAGGGGACCCAGACACCCCUCAUUCCAUCUCCUUCUCUGGUAGUGGAUUUCUCUCCUUCUACCAGGCCGGGGCUGUGGAUGCCUUCCGAGACUUGGCCCCCCGGAUGCUGGAAACCACCCAUCGCUUUGCUGGGACAUCGGCAGGUGCAGUGAUCGCUGCUCUGGUCAUCUGCGGAAUUGAAAUGGAUGAGUAUCUCAGAGUCCUCAACGUCGGUGUCGCAGAAGUGAAGAAAUCCUUCCUGGGGCCCUUGUCGCCAUCCUGCAAGAUGGUGCAGAUGAUGCGACAGUUUCUGUACAGGGUCCUGCCCGAGGACUCCUACAAGGCCGCCACAGGGAAGCUCCACGUGUCCCUAACCCGGUUCACAGAUGGAGAGAGUGUCGUGGUUUCAGAGUAUACAUCCAAGGAAGAGCUCAUUGAGGCCCUCUACUGUGGCUGCUUUGUCCCCGUGUACUGUGGUCUCAUCCCCCCAACUUACCGUGGCGUGCGUUACAUCGACGGGGGCUUCACGGGCAUGCAGCCCUGCUCCUUCUGGACCGAUGCCAUUACCAUCUCCACCUUCAGCGGGCAGCAAGACAUCUGCCCCCGGGACUGCCCUGCCAUCUUCCAUGACUUCCGCAUGUUCAACUGCUCCUUCCAGUUCUCCCUGGAGAACAUCGCCAGGAUGACCCAUGCCCUGUUCCCGCCGGACCUACUGAUCCUGCACAACUAUUACUACCGAGGGUAUGAAGACACCGUUUCUUAUUUGAGGCGAUUGAAUGCUGCUUACCUCAAUUCUCCCUCCAAGAGAGUGAUGUUCCCCCGUGUGGAAGUAUACUGCAAUAUAGAACUUGCCCUUGGCAGUGAGUGCCCUGAACUCAGUCAGUCAAGCCUCCAAACAGAGCAAGAAGAAUCCAUACAACCUCACACACAGUGGGCUCCUGAAGGGGAAGGAAAGAGCUGCCACAGUCCACUUGUGUCCUUACCUGUGCAGACACCCGAAUCCACACAUGAGUGGCCUGUAGAAUCACCUGUUUCACCACUUGUCUCUUCAUUCGAGCAGUCACCUGCAUCUCCACUGGCCUCAUCACCAUCACAUUCUCCAGCUGACUUGCCCCCUGUAUCACUCCCAGCUGUGCCCUUACCACUCAGCUCCACACCUGCGCUGUCUCAUAUAUCACCACCACAGCAGAGGGUACAAAUGACUGGAUCACCGCCAAGAUCCCCACCCUCCCAGUCAUCUCUGUCACCCAGGCCAUCCCUGGGGUCUUCAUCUGUGGGGACAUCUCACACACUGCCCCUGUGUUCUCCUUCAGUGUCACCUGCACAGCCACCUGUGGAGGAACUAGUCCCAGAACAGCCCCAAGCAGUUACUCCUCUUGCCUCUUCAAAUCUGAAAGAUGCCAUGCCUUUGGUUAAUGUGAAGGAAGCCACCAGCAAGCCUCACAUAAUGGGGAACCCUGCUGAAGACUUCAAUUGGAUGAGCAAGAUGUUUAAGAAGAACAAACAAAAGACAAAUUGCACCAGAAUAAGCUUCCCAAGACAUCCACGAUCCAAAAAAACAGGCGGCAAAGUGCAGUGA